UCCAGUAGCAGAUUGACUGUCAACUCAUCGCUCCGCUGCCUUGAGCGCAACUUUACUCAGUCACUGGAUUUAACGUCACUUUUGGAGUACAAAAACUUACUUCCCCGCUGGCAAACAAAACUGGAGCAGCUUCCUUGGAUAAAAUGAACGUUUAGAAGGGGUGCCUGUUGUUAAAUAAUUAGUGUUUGAUGGCUGCUGGGGAUGGAGCCCAGCUGCCGGCGACCGUAGCGGCCAGCAGGAGUGUUGAGAAAGCGCUCGAGGAGGCUGCGUCCAGCGGCGCGCUCAUCCUCUCCAACCGUAAACUAAAGGAGUUCCCCCGCACCGCUAGGAACUAUGACCUGUCCGACAUUACACAUGCAGACCUGUCAAAGAACCGGCUCUGUGAGGUGCCAGAGGAGGUGUGUCAGUUUGUCUCCCUGGAGACGCUUAGCCUGUACCACAACUGUGUGCGAUCCCUCAUGCCCAGCCUGUGCCAGCUACAAGCCCUCACCUACCUCAACAUCGGUCGAAACCAUCUGUCCAAUCUACAGCCAUCAGUGUGUCAGCUCCCUCUACUGCGAGUGCUCAUCGUCAGUAACAACAAGUUAUCAGCCCUACCGGCCACUAUACAUACACUCACACACCUACGGCAACUGGAUGUGAGCUGUAAUGAGCUGCAGUCACUGCCUGUUGAGCUGGGCCAGUUAGAAUGUUUAAGGGAUUUAAAUUUAAAAAGAAACCAACUUACAACUUUACCCGAAGAGUUGUCAGAGUUGCCACUCGUGCGGUUGGAUGUGUCAUGCAACCGCAUAUCUCAUGUGCCUGUGUGUUACCGCCAUCUGCGGCACCUCCAAACCAUCAUCCUCGACAACAACCCCCUCCAAAUGCCCCCCGCCCAGAUCUGCUCCAAAGGAAAGUUCCACAUCUUCAAAUAUCUAAACAUGGAGGCCUGCAAAAGAACUCAGGACCAGUUUGAGAAAGCGCUGCGGCCCACUGCCUUCAACUGCUGUCUCUUGGAUCAGGACCUGUUCCCUGGUCAGUAUGGUGCCCUUGACUCUGGGUUUAACAGUGUGGACAGCGGCAGCAAAAGAUGGUCAGGAAAUGAGUCUGCUGAUGAUUUCUCAGAGCGGUCGUUACGACUGACCGAGAUUUCCCGUGAACAUAAAAAUUUUCAGGAGGAAGAGGAGAGAGAAACGUUACUAGACUCACCCAAAGUGAAUGGAGUACUAGAGCAAGUGGAUUUCAUAGAUAACAGUGUAACAGAGGAAGAAGAGGAGAGAUGUCGCCCUCCGCUUACAGAGUCAUCUCAGGAAAAGAGUGAAAGUACCAGCAGCACUCCCUCCCAGAGCCCCGAAUCUAUAUGCAGCAGGAUAUUUGUGAUUGGAGAUGGUUCAGAUUCUGGCUCUCCAUCCAGCCCCACUCUAGAGGAAAGGAGGAAGCCUGGAAACCUGCUCAUCUGGCAGGAGAGAGAGAGAGCACAGCGGCAGAAAGACAGAGCUAGCACUUUGCAGAAGAUCACUGUAAAAACAGGAAGUAACUCGGCAACGACGGCCAAGCUCGGAGGAACAGGAAGUGUUUCAGGUGGUGACAGCUCAGAUAGCAGCUCUCCACCCAAUGGCUUAAAACAGAGAUGUGCUAGUCUAGAUCAAGUAUCUUCAUCUUCUCAUCCUGUGUCAGUGCAGCGCUCUAUUAGUCGCCCAGAUGCGCCCGUGAAGCCCUGUUCUCCCACAGGUUCUGCUCCCAAACCCAACAGCUUCUUAUUCCGUGCGUCCUCACGCUGCAACGUCAAGACAGGGUCGGGAAACAGUUUAGCUGAGUCUGGCCGCAGUGAAUCUCGCUCCAUGCUCAAAUCCCCACGAGAGGAGAGAGUGGACAUCUUACAACUGCAAAAGUCUCUGGAGUCGCGUCUGAAGAUCACUCUGCCUGAAGAUCUGGGAGAGGCAUUGUCCAAUGGCACAGUCCUCUGCCAGCUGGCCAAUCACGUGCGACCUCGUUCUGUGUCAAUCAUUCACAUCCCCUCACCGGCAGUGCCAAAGCUGAGUGCUGCCAAGUGUCGCCUCAAUGUUGAAAACUUCAUUGCUGCAUGUCGUAGACUAGGAGUCCCUGAGAUGGAGUUGUGUUUAGCGUCUGAUAUCCUGUGCAGUAAGCUACCUGCAGUGCAGCGCUGUGUGAAGGCACUCCUGGCGAAAGCAGGAGGAGAGGAGGAGGUGAAGGAAGACGAGAACAGCACCUCUCCCUCUGUCUCUCCUGCUGUCACCUUCUCCACCGGCUUCCUGCUCUUCUACUCUCUUCUUAUGGCUUUGCUCUAUCUGUUAUACUGUCACCUUAUAGCAUAAAUGUGUAUGUGCGUGUGUGAGUGAGAGUGCGAGUAUUAAUAUGUACAUUUAUUCUUUAUCUCUUCUCUCUACUGUUUACAGUCACACACUCACACAGUUGAAAAGACCUUCCCAUACACCUUCUAAAGGGAGUUCCCCACGAAAAAGUUCCCCCCAAAAUGAAUAAUCAUCCACUUAUGUUGUUUCAAACCCAUAUGACUUCCUUUCUUCAGUGGAACACAAAAGGAGAUGUUAAACAGAGUGUUAGCCUCAGCCUCCUUCAGAGCUGCAUGUUCUAUGAACUAACUCAAAAUAAUCUUCACAUGCACUUCACAUACAGUCCAUAAACCUAUCAGAGCAAAGUCACAGCCUGCACAUAGCUCUUGAAUAUGAGCCAAAAGUGGCAUAUCAGAGCAAACUCCUGACCAAUAAUUCAUUUUAGAUCAUCCAAAAACACUUACGUGCCCCACAGAUCUUAGUUUUGGAGACAUAUGAUGUAGUUGUAGGUUUUAGGAGCCUGAUGUUUCUAAAAUUGGUGAAAUAUCACUGAAACACUGUAACAGAGAAUAUCUGAUGCUGUUAAAGUUUCUUGAUGGAAUACUUACAUUUUUUUCCUCCAUAAAAUAGCUUAUAAAUAGUCAGAUGGUGACCACAGACUCGAUUUUCUACAAAAGAUGUGAACUUUAUCUGGAUGUAGACAUGGUUUCCACUUUAUGAAGGGCUUCCAAACUGCCUUAGCAUCACUGUUGAUUCCAGGGUAGUUUAUAUGUCUUUUUAAGAUUUAGUUUUUACCUUCAGAGUUUUAACCCACUCCCCACCCCAUUUUUCUCCCUUGAGAAUGUCCUUUUCUCUUUAAGGGCUUUAAAUCGCUUGUUUGCUCUGAAAGGUCAUAAUCUGAAGUGCCUCCACAGCAGAAAGUUCAUAUAAGAUCACAGGUUCACUCCAGUCUCUAUGUAGCAUUUCCAUUCGUUAUCACAGCAGCAACACAAUUGAGCUUGUAGCAUCUGGGAAUAUGUUGACAGUGUGGUGAUAUUACUUAUGAAAUGAAUUUGGUUUAAUCCACGUGUUUUCCAUAUCUAAAUGAAUGGGGGUCACUGUUGUUCUGUUGUUUUUCCACUUUUUCCUUUCUUUCUUGUCUUGUCUGUGACCACCAGAGGGCAGUGCUGUUAUAAAAGCUAACUGCUCCAACACUUUUUAAUGGUACUUAUAUGAUUCAUAGCUGUUACCUUGUUACAGUUUGUUUGUUUGUUUUGGUCUUCUUGAGAGCGACUUAAUUUAAUUUAUGUAUGCAAACAGUUCAAGAUUAAUUUAUUGUUUUAUUUAUGUUUGCUGUUCUAUGUUCUGCUCAAGCUGCAUUAGUGGAAACGUGGUGCCACUGAGCGCAUUCCUAAAAUGGACUACUGGCAUUUAUUCAGUUAUUGAUAUUUCAGUUGGCCAGAUUAAUUAGGUAAUACAAUUGCAUGCAUGGUCAUUUUGAGCUGGAAAAAAUGAGCAAGACUUUGAUUGGGCAAUCGCCAACGAGGACAGUUGUGUUGUCUUUUUUAAGUCCACACGGUUCUACUAUUAGUGGGAGCACAUUGUGAAUAAGCAGACAUUGCCAAAUUACAAAUUACGUAAUUUCUUUAACUGAAGAUGAGACCGUUGUGAGUUAUGGUUCUCUACAACACUCUUCAGCUGUCGUGUCCAGAUUCUAAAUGUGGCAGUAGUGGUUUUAUGGUUCUGUAAUGUGCCAUGGCACCCAGCUUUCCCAGUGCUGUAUGUUGAUGUUGCUUUUGUAUUCCGUGCCUACUUAAUGUGAUUUAGGAGCUUUGCAGAUGGUUUACUAACGAGCCGCCUCUCAUCUGGAGAGAACGAUAAGAGGCGAGAGAGAGUAUGUGUGAGAGAGAGAGAGAGAGAGAGAGAGACUGGGAAAUGAGGGUAGGUGAGCGGAUGUGUCAUGACUGGUUGUUACCGACACACAAUCCCUCACCCUAGGAUGUCUAAAAUAUUUUACAGGGAUAGUUCACCUAAAAAUGAAAAUUCUGGCUUUGUUUGCUCACCCUCAUGUUGUUCCAAACCUAUAGUAUAUGACUUUCUUCUGUGGAACACAAAAGGAGAUGUUAGGCAGAAAGACACUUUCAUUGCAUCUUUUUCUAUACAGAGAAAGUGAAUGGUGACUGAGGCUGUCAUUCUGCAUCUCCUUUUGUGUUCCGCAUAUGGGUUUGGAACAACAUGAGGGUGAGAAAAUGAUGACAGAAUGUUCAUUUGUGGGUGAACUAUCCCUUUAAGGGAGUUUGUUCAGGUGCAUAUAAGUUGGUAAGUUACAAUGUACAUUGUCAAUACUAAAGCUAAUCAUAAUAGACAUUUCAUUUUAAAUGUCCACUCUGAUAAUGGACAUAAUAGAUCAUAGCUUAGCGGGACUGUGUCUAACUUCUAGAGCCCUCUGCAAUAUGAAAUAAGGACGUUGUGAUAUGUUACAUGAUGUGCAUGGAAAGGCUUUCACAGGUGACAACUGAUAAUUCUACCAAUUUUCUGAUAAAUACUCUAAAUGAAACUCUUGACAGUUUAGUGGGCACUAGAACUAUAUGAAUGUUUCCCUCCACAUGUUACCUAGUGUAACCUAAUGCAAUGUGUUUUGUAAUAUUUAUAAAAUACUGUAUAUUUAAGAAGUUAAUAAGUUUAUAUUGAAAUGAAGAUUUUUUUUUUUUUCUGUAAAGAAAUUAUUAAAAAGAAAAAAGGAUACACUGAUUUAUACGUGUUGUCUGCUGCUUUACAUGUGCUUUUGUCAAAUGUUUAUGACGGUGUUGCUCUCGCUCACGAUUAAUUCUGCUUUAGUUCUUUGUCUCUCCACUGAGGAUGAAAUCCUCACGUCAUCUCAUCUCUGUAGCUUGCGAGUCCAGCUAUUCUCUGCCCUUUACCAAAAGGUAAGUGUUGAUUGUUUGGAUUGGGGAAAAGAGAGAAAGAAAGAACAUAAAUUGAAAACAUAUUUAAGAUUCUGCAAUUUGAGUACAUUUGUGACACUGACCGUGUUGACGACUCCUUUGUACGAAAGGUCAGAUUUCCUUGCUUCUAUUAAAGCACACAAGGUACUCAUUGGAACAUUUUUAAAUCAUGCUGGGAUAACAUGGAUCAUCAGUUUUGCACCAAUCCCAUGCCAGCCCUAGUGCAUGCUGUCAUAAAAGCUUAUCAUUUAUUUCCUAAAUAAUAAUAAAUUCUGCUUUUUAUGUAAACUUUUCACCCAAAUUUUUAUUCUGAUUUGUUCCUAAGAAGCAUUUUCACUUUUGGUUUUAGAUUUGAGACUCCACUGUGUUUAUAUUGGCUAUGCAAGUAUGUUUACACAUACUGUAUAUUCAGUUCCUAUAAAUAGUAUUCACCACAUGAGUAUUUGACAUUACUGCAUUAUAGCAUGAAACCACCUCCAAAUCGAUCCCGCUCUAGAGUACAGGCCUCGUUGUAACGCUCAUUCCUUCAGUGAUAAACGCGAGUCCGACCAUCACCCCUGGUGAGACAAAACCGUGACUCGUCUGUGAAGAGCACUUUUUCCCAGUCCUGUCUGGUCCAGCAAAGGCGGGUUUGUGCCCAUAGGCGAUGCUGCCGGUGAUGUCUUGUAAGGACCAGCCUUACAACAGGCCUACAAACCCUCAGUCCAGCCUCUCUCAGCCUAUUGCAGACAGUCUGAGCACUGAUGGAGUGAUUGUGCGUUCCUGGUGUAUCUCGGACAGUUGUUGUUGCCAUCCUAUACCUGUCCCGCAGGUGUGAUAUUCAGAUGUACUGAUCCUGUGCAGGUUUUGUUACACGUAAGGUAACUUGCCACUGCAAGGACGAUCAGCUGUCCUUACUGUCUCCCUGUAGUGCUGUCUUAGGCGUCUCACAGUACGGACAUUGCAAUUUAUUGCCCUGGCCACAUCUGCAGUCCUCAUGCCUCCAUGCAGCAUGCCUAAGGCACGUUCACGCAGAUGAGCAGGGACCCUGGGCAUCUUUCUUUUGGUGUUUCUCAGAGUCAGUAGAAAGGUCUCUUUAGUGUCCUAAGUUUUUAUAACUGUGACCUUAAUUGCCUAUCAUCUGUAAGCUGUUAGUGUCUUAACGAAUAUUCCACAGGUGCAUGUUCAUUAAUUGUUUAUGGUUCAUUGAACAAGCAUGGAAAACAUUGUUUAAACCCUUUACAAUAAAGAUCUUUAAAGUUAUUUGGAUUUUACAAAAUUACCUUUAAAAUACAGUGCCUUGAAAAAGGGAUGUUUAGUUUGCCACUUGGCACUGCAAAGUAUUCUAUGAUGUCACAGGUUAAAUAAAGUCCAGACAUUUUACUAAAUCAGUUAAACAAUGAAAAUAAUUUAAUGCAUGAGUAGUCACCCUCCCAAGUUAAUUCUACCACCUUUGGCAGCAAGCUAUUAGUCUCGGUGGGUAGGUCUCUAUCAGUGUUCAGCAUAUUGACAAAAUAAUUUUGCUCAUUCUUCUUGGCAAAAUUGUGCCAAUCACAGUGCUUGGCAUUUACACCCAACAGUUCCAUUUUGGUUUCAUCAGACCAAAGCACUAAACUCUACUGCAAAGUGGCUCUUGAGUAGGAGGAAAAAGUAACUCAGCCUGUAACAUAACAGUGGCCCCAAAAUAUAUUGGACACUUAAGACACACUUAAAGGAACAGCUCACCCAAAAUGUAAAUUCAGUCAAAAUGUAAUCACCCUCAUGCCGAUCAAAACCUGUAUGACUUAAUUUCAUAUGUGGAAAACAAAAGAUGUUUUAAUGAAUAUCUUCAUCCAUCUUGUCAAUGCAAUGGCAAUGAACUGUGCCUCACAUUAAAGCUUAAAGGCUAUCUACAAGUUAAGCUCAAUUGACAGCAUUUGUGGCAUAACCACAAAAAAGAAUUCUUAAAAAAAAUAAAAGCACAAAUGGAGUUUACAGUGUGGCACAUGUAUUAUUUGAGCCGUAAAGUUGGUUAAAUCAUAUUUUUUUUUUACUGUCGUUUUAGGGUUUAUGUUGUCAAUGCAACAAAGUUGUAAAAUUCAAUAUAAUUUUUCACAGAAAAGGUUAGUAGUAAGCAAUUUUAUAACACUAAAAUUAUGUUAA